GCUGGCGAAGGCUGAGACCGCGCUCCCGCCGGCCAGUUCCCAGCAGCAGCGCAUCCUCCCUGCUCCGCGCCUUCGCUCCGGACCCGCGUCGUCGCAGUCCCGCGGUGAUGAGCCCCGAGCCGGUCCCGCCGCCGCCGCCGCCCCAGUGUCCUGGCUGCGACCGCGCGGAGCCGAUCGCCCAGCGCUUAGAGGAGGGCGACGAGGCCUUCCGCGCGGGCGAGUACGAGAUGGCAGCCGAGCUCUUUCGCUCCAUGCUAGCCGGGCUAGCGCAGCCGGACCGCGGCCUGUGCCUGAGGCUGGGGGACGCGCUGGCCCGCGCCGGCCGCCUCCCCGAGGCCCUGGGCGCGUUCCGCGGCGCCGCGCGGCUCGGGGCGCUGCGGCCGGAGGAGAUGGAAGAGCUGGCGGGCGGCCUGGUGCGCGCCGUGGGCCUGCGCGAGCGGCCGCUGUCCGCGGAGAACCCGGGCGGCGAGCCCGAGGCGCCGGGCGAGGGAGGGCAGGCCCCAGAGCCCCGCGCGCCCCGCGACCUGCUUGGCUGCCCGCGCUGCCGGCGGCUGCUGCAUAAGCCGGUGACGCUGCCCUGCGGGCUCACAGUCUGCAAGCGCUGCGUGGAGCCGGGGCCCGCGCGGCCGCAGGCGCGGCGCGUGAACGUAGUGCUGAGCGGCCUGCUGGAGAAGUGCUUCCCGGCCGAGUGCCGGCUGCGCAGGCUGGCAGGCCAGGCGCGGAGCCUGCAGCGCCAGCAGCAGCCGGAGGCCGCGCUGCUCAGGUGCGACCAGGCCCUGGAGCUGGCUCCUGAUGAUAAUUCAUUAUUGCUGCUGCGGGCAGAGUUAUAUUUGACCAUGAAGAACUACGAGCAAGCUCUCCAGGAUGCCAGUGCAGCUUGUCAGAAUGAACCUCUCUUGAUUAAGGGACAUCAAGUAAAAGCUCAGGCUCUUUCUGGAUUGGGAAGAAGUAAGGAAGUGUUAAAGGAAUUUCUCUACUGCCUUGCUCUAAAUCCUGAAUGUAACUCUGUGAAGAAAGAAGCACAGAAGGUAAUGUGUGAAGUGCUGUUUUCAGCUGCAGAAAAUGUGCAUGAAAAUUUAACAUCUUCCAUCCAAAGCAGAUUAAAGGCUCAGGGUCACAGCCACAUGGAUGCCCAGGCUCUGCUGGAAGAAGGUGAUGCAGGGAGCUCGGAGAAUUCAUCUGAGAAAUCUGAUAUGCUUGGAAAUACCAAUUCUUCAGUUUUGUAUUUUAUACUGGGUCUACACUUUGAAGAGGAUAAAAAGGCGUUAGAAAGCAUCCUUCCAACAGCACCCAGCGCUGGCUUAAAGAGACAGUUUCCGGAUGAUGUGGAGGAUGCACCUGACCUGAAUGCCCCUGGAAAAAUUCCCAAGAAAGAUCUCUCACCUCAAAGGAGCCCAAACUCUGAGACAGAAGAAAGUCAGGGGCUCUCGCUUGAUGUAACUGACUUUGAGUGUGCCCUCUGCAUGAGAUUGCUCUUUGAACCUGUUACUACGCCCUGUGGACACACAUUUUGCCUAAAAUGCCUUGAGCGCUGCCUUGACCACGCCCCACACUGUCCUUUGUGCAAAGACAAACUUUCGGAAUUAUUGGCAAGCAGAAACUUUAACAUAACUGUUCUGGCCGAAGAAUUAAUAUUUCGAUAUUUGCCGGAUGAAUUGUCUGAUAGGAAGAGAAUUUAUGAUGAAGAAAUGUCAGAACUGUCAAAUCUGACCAGAGACGUCCCCAUCUUUGUGUGUGCCAUGGCCUUCCCCACGGUCCCAUGUCCGCUCCACGUUUUUGAGCCCCGCUAUCGGCUUAUGAUAAGAAGAUGCAUGGAAACUGGCACCAAGCGGUUUGGCAUGUGUUUAUCUGCUGAGCACGCAGGGCUUUCCGAGUAUGGAUGCAUGCUGGAGAUUAAGGAUGUGAGAACGUUUCCUGAUGGAAGUUCUGUUGUAGACGCGAUUGGCAUUAGUCGGUUCCGAGUGCUAAGCCACCGCUACAGAGAUGGCUAUAACACAGCGGACAUUGAAUAUCUUGAAGAUGAAAAGGUGGAGGGUCCAGAGUAUGAAGAACUUGCCGCUCUCCACGAUUCUGUGCAUCAACAGUCUGUUUCCUGGUUCGCGUCUCUCCAGGAUCGCAUGAAAGAACAAAUUUUAAGUCAUUUUGGGGUAAUGCCAGACAGAGAACCUGAGCCUCAGAGUAAUCCCAGCGGCCCUGCCUGGUCCUGGUGGAUCCUGGCCGUGCUGCCCCUGGAGCGCAAGGCUCAGCUGGCCAUCCUCGGCAUGACCUCGCUCAAAGAGCGGCUCCUUGCCAUCCGACGGAUAUUAGUCAUCAUCACGCGUAAGAUGAAUAGUCGGCAAGAGCUGGCUAAUGCCAGGGAGAGAAAUAAUUGAUUUUUCUCUCUGUCAAGGUUUCUGGCAGCCCUUGUACUUUUAUAAAUGUCAGGCACAGACGAAUAGCCGUCCAUUCAUUGUGCUUUGUCAAGUGCUUGUGGAUAAGGUUCCAAAAUGGGACGCUUGCCAAACAUUGAGUCCUCCUCAAAAAUGACAGUUCUGUGUCUGGUGGGAUCUGACCUUGUAUAAGGUUAGCAUGAAGUCUGAAUGGAGCCCAUAGUUGGAAAACAACCUAAGAAAAUCUCUUGGAAGCAGGUACUUGGGGAAUGCAGUUCACUGACAGCACAGGACCCUGCAGAUGGUUUACAUGUGGUUUGGGUUUCACGAGAAAGAAGCAUUCGCUUCCCAGUCAGUAUCUUGCUCUGCCAGAUGGUAAAGGCAUGCUUUAGUGUGUAGACAAUAUGGGGGAACCACGUUUUUAUCUGGAAGUGGAUUUCUUAGAACACAGGCUAACCAAAACUACACUUAGGCUUUGCGUGUUGCUGUGAAGUUGUCUGUGAAAUUGAAUAAUCACACCAUUGUUCAGUGCAGGAGCCCAAACUAGUCCUUACCCAAGAAGUAGUAGCCUCUGGAUAGAACUGUGUGUAACGUCCUGUUGUAGUCCCAGGUGUUGUAAAUUGCAUGUUGUAAUCAAAUGAAUGUCAAAACAUAAGAAAGUAUACCUUGGAUAUAGAAAAACCUGAGAACAGUAUCAUUCACUUGAGGAGAUAUAUAUAUAUAUACACACACACUAAAGUGAGUUAAAAUUGUAUAUGCAGUGGGAUGUCAAACAUAAAACCACCAAGUGCAAAGAAUGCUUUGAAAGUAGAACCUUGUUUCAUUGAUCAAUGAUUACUAAGCAUUUAGGAAACAGUCAUCUUUUUCUAUUGAGAUUUGCAUUAGAAAUCAGCCCCAUCAGUAAAUUUCAGUUUACUAUCCAUUUAUCAAUAUACAAAAACAUUAAAAAUCUGCCAUGCCAUGGUAAUCUAUCUAUUCCAGGAAAAUAGAUCAGAAUAUAUGAAAGGAGGAUGGCCGGUAUGGGAUGUAAAUAUUCAGUAAGUUUUUCUCCAACACCAACCUAAAAUUAUCUUUAUUUUUUUGAAAGAAAGUUUUACGGUGAUCAGACCAGGUGUUAUCUGUUAAAGGACAGUAGUAUGACUUCCAUCCUGUAAUGCACAUUGGUGAUAUUGAUUGGAAUAACUGAAUCUGAGAUACUCACAUGUUCUCUCUGGCCCAACCAGCUGGUGCAUUUAGUUCGCUUCCUCGUCUGUAAGGUGGACAUUCUUAACCAGAGGGUCACGACCACUGAAGAGCACAUCACAGCUGCAAGUUUUGCUUUGUUCGUUGAAGGUGAUUUUUUAGUUUUAAAAAAUAUAUAUCUCAUAAUAUACAAUGUUGAUGGUAUAUCAAUCCAUCAAGCAUUUUAUUAGAAAGACUUCAUAAUAUUAUGAAUUUUUCUUUUAGUUUUCAGUAGAUAAAACUCAGUCUUAUCAUGGGAGUUAGAAAAUACCAGCAUCACUUAAUUGUAAAGAGAAAAUGUGAAAGUAUUUUCCAAUCCAAUGUUUCAAGUGCCUCGCUUAUUGUGAAUCUCAAAUAUCGUCUUGAGAUGGUUUAAUGGCAGUUUGGCCAAGUGAUUUCUAAGAGAUUUUAUUAAUUUAUGCAUUAACAAUAGUAUUCAACUUUCUUAGGCAUUAUAACCUAACCCGAUCAUUUGAUUGGAGUAACUGAAUCAUUCAUUGAUUGGAAUAAAAUAAACAAAAUGCAUCUCACAUGCCAGAAGACCUUUACCAGAAGUGGUUCAUGAAAAUCAGUAUGCAUUGACCAUUCUCUGCCUUUCCCUUUAGGAAAAUUUUUUUGUACCUUCAUAUCACAGCUGAAUAGUUAUCAAUGCCAUUUCCAUUUGGAAGUGUCUAAAUAACCAUAAUGUGAUCACAGCUUCUCCACGAGCCUUCCUGAAGUUAAGUUGGUAUGCUUGCUAUAAUAUUUGGAACCUAUUGCUUUCUCUUCCUCACUCUUUAAAUGUCAUAAGGUCACACAGUUCUUGGAAUCAGAACUAUUCAGUUAUUUCUUCAUGAUUCUGCCUGGCUUUCUGAGUCUUCUCAUUCUGCAUGUUAUGUAAAAGUCUGAACAACAAUGAUGACGCAGACGAGAGCAACAUACAUUUUUAUUUUUUGAUAGAGAGGUUUUUAUUUUUUUGAUACCAGAGGGAAUUAACUAUGAUCACAUCGUGCUCUCUCCGUUCAGCAUCACACCCCCACAUACUGCAGUGUGGGAGUAGAUUGGUACUUACUGAGCACUUAGAAACAUCACGCAUCAGGAACCGGGUCAGGGUGACAGCAUCCUACGGUCAUGUCAUGAAGGAAGCCUCCUUUUACAAACCUAAAAAAAACAACCCCCCAGCUUCAGUUUGCUACCAAUUAAGCUGAAGCAGAAGGGUCUGCUUCCUCCUCCGCCUGCCCCCUUCUGCCUGUUUUCUGUUGGGGAGAUGCCAAUUCUAAGGAUUUCUCAGAAAAUAAUGUAAUCUCUCAUUCAACGUCAGGACAUUCCAGCUUAAUUGUACUGAAAGUGCUCCAAUAGGCAUGCUCUUGUUACAUUGGAAUAAAAGCAGAAAAGAGUAAUAGCAGCGUCAGGGAGUCAUUUUUCUUCUUGAGGAACAAUACAUUCUGUUCGGUGUUUUUCCAUUCAUCGCCCAAACCUGCCUGUGUCUUUGAAAUGCAAGUAAGAUCCCAAAGGCAGCUUUCUGAAAGCCCGUGGCAUUUUUAGCAUAUCCCAUCCCCCGUGUGUGUCCUCAUCUUCAGAAUUGACAGUUAGGAUACUUUUUAAAGUUUCAGAAGAAAAUAAUUUAAAAUGUUAAGGUUUAUCCAUAGAAACACAAUAAUUCUUAACCAAUUCAUGUACCAAAUUCAACAGUAUUAUCUCAUUUUUAGGGUCACAAAUGUGUCCUUUUUGCACUUAAACCUCCUCCCUCUCUCAAAAACAAAAACAAAAACAAACAAAAAACACACCAAGACUGUUUAACAAAUUGUAUCUCAACUCUUAAUAUAUGUUAAGUCUUACCACAGGACUUUUGAAUCAUCAAGGAGCAAUUGAAGUUUAUGGAUGGUAGAAUUACAAUGAACUAUGAUAUUAUCACUCUAUUAUAAACUUUUUGGAAAAUUGGCAGUUGUUACCAUCAAAAUACUCCAUUGCCUGUAUUACAUAGAAUUUGUUAUAAUUUUUAAGUGCUUUAAAAAAUACCCGUCUGUUUCUUCUCCUUCUUGUUUUCUUUUGUGCCCCACCACUUAAAUUACUUGGGUAAAUACCACUCUUCAAAAUUUGAAUACCAUCUAUCAAAUAAGAAGAAAUGUGAAAGAUAUGAAGAAGAAAGGUGAUAGCAAAUUAGAAGAAAAUAAAUGUGGGUGAUUUUUUUUAGUUGAAAGCACAGAGUUUUAUUUUUCCCCAGUGUAACUACUGAGUAGGGUAGGGAGGUCCCCGUCUCCCCAUUUUUUUUUUUUUUUUGAGAUGGAGUCUCACUCUGUUGCCUAGGCUGGAGUGCAAUGGCACAGUCUCGUCUCACUGCAACCUCCACCUCCCGGGUUCAAGUGAUUCUCCUGCCUGGGCCUCCUGAGUAGUUGGGAUUACAGGCACGUGCCACCAUACCCAGCUAAUUUUUGUUAUUUUUAUUUUUUUUUUUUAGUAGAGAUGGGGUUUCACCGUGUUGGUCAGGCUGGUCUCGAACUCCUGACCCCGUGAUCUGCCCGCCUCGGCCUCCCAGAGUGCUGGGAUUACAGGCGUGAGCUACUGCGCCCAGCCCAUCUCCCCAUUUUUUAGCAUAGAGAGCAGCGGCAGCCAGUGGAAGGAGUUCUUCCCCUUCAACAUCGUCCUUCCCAAAGUCCACAUUCUGAUUCUGUUGCUCACCAAAAUCUAAUUCCCAGGGAAGCUGGCUCUGGAUGGGAAGGAUGAGCUGUGUGAACCAUCGCCCACACAAGGAGAUAACCGAACCCCUUUGCCAGCAUCACCCCCUCUCUACUGGGGUGAGACACUUCAUUCGCAGCGCUGGCUCUGACUCCCAGGGGAAAGUCUUUUUCCCUUUACAACUUCUCACCUCACCCACACCUUGACUUUCACUUCUCAACUGCUGAAUUCUAUAAAAUAGCCUUUUAGUGGUGGCUCAGCUUUUAGGUGAGCACAGAUAGUGAAGAAAUUGAAGUGCCACCAUUGCACUCCCCCAAGUUGGGGACAUAAACUCGAAUUUGCACCCAGGUCUGAUAAAAGUAACUGAUUGAGGACGCAGAGAGGUGGAUGCCAUUGACAGCAUUUACUGUUCCUCACAAUUCCUGCAGAAAUGAAAGAAAGAGAGGCCCAGCAGACCACACCGGGCCAUGAGGGGAAGCACGGGAGACAGGCAGAAGCAGGAGUGAGGACGAACGUGGCUCAGACCCUCUACUGUGUGUUCUGCAGGAAAGGGCAGGGAAAUAGCUUAGACUGGCUGGUUUGAAUAACAGCUCAGACUCUAGGCUAUACGGGUGGUCUCUAGCCAUCUGGCACCUAGCCCUGGGUCGUUAGGGUGGGGGAUAUUGCCUCCUAGGUUGUAAGAGCCAGGUGGAGGAGGAUGGGCUCUGGAUUGGUCACUUUGCUCCCAGGGUAGCCCUUUGCUAUGUCUAAGAAUUGGCUCACCCUGGGACGGGCAGUUUCUCCCGGGUCAGUGAGGCCCCUGAGAUGUCAAAAUAUCAUAAAAUAUAGAAAUCAUGAUUCAUACAAUUGGUCCUCUGCUGUUUUGACAUACUAAGGUCACUUUUGAUAGCAGAAACUUUUAAAGAGUAGGGCAUACUGAAGAGCAUAGAAAACGUUUUAUUCUGAGAGUAGAAAGGAGGAAGACACGUGAAGAUACAGGAGUCCCUUAGGCUGGCCCAUAGCUGAGUCUGUCAUGUGUAUGGCAUUAGUCAAGAACAUAGUUCUGCAGUUUGUGGGGUGGGGGGGGCGGCCUCUAACAUUUCUUGGUGCAGUUGUUAACAUGUUAAACAUAUGAGUCUGAUGAUGAUAUCGCAGUGUUUCUCAGCUCGGGGUGGCAGUUCUGGCAGUUGUGUGGCUGGGGGUGUGCACUGAUAGUUGAGUAAAGGAUAAGUAGAGACUCGUGGUGUUCAUGUGUCACCACAAGGAGGGAGUGGCUGUGGAGACCCAGGGCAGGAAGUCGUGGUGGAAAGCAGGCUGGGGUGGUAGGAGAAGGUACUGCGG